AUGGUGUCUUCAUAUUUUGGACCCCUGAGUGUGUUUUUUAUUCUGCUGAUGGGUGUAAUGAUCACUUUUGGAUCCCAGGUUAUCCUGACAUUUGUCUGCAUGUUGACGAAGGAAUCUGUAGAAAUUUCUCCAGUGCCAUAUACACUGCAAGUCCAUCGGGCAGCUUUGGAUGGAAGAGACCCCUCUAACCCCGUGAGGAGAGAAAAGAGGCAGGUGCAGUGUCAUCUGGGACAAUACCUACAUCCCAGAGAGACGCACUGCUGUAUGAGGUGCCAUGCAGGUACCUACAAAGAAAAAGACUGUGAUCAGCCUGACCAGGCACCUGUCUGUCUUCCGUGUGCUAAUGGCACGUUCACAGCUGUUGAUAACACCAUGUCUAAAUGUUUCCAGUGUACACGUUGCCGUGCAGAAUUCCAGCAGAUAGUAGAGUCCCCCUGCACCCCAAAGCAAGAUACCGUGUGCGGUUGUCGGAAGAAUCAAUAUCAGAUUGGCCUGUCCGAUCUCUUCCAGUGUAGGAACUGCAGCUCCUGUGUCAAUGGGAUUAUUGCCAACUGUUCAAAGGACAGAGACACAAUUUGCAGGUGCAAGCCUGGAUUCUUCCUGACACUUAAUAAUGUUUGCAAGUCUUGCAACAGCUGCACUGGAGAAGACUGCUUGCAGUGUCAUAGCCCAGUGACUACCUCACCGACUUCAUCUGGGCUGAAUGGGAACCUUGUCCUUGGCAUCAUCGUUGCAAUAUUUGGAGUUAUCUCUGUCCUCUACAUUGUAAAUAAAGUAGUGAAGCUGGUUCAGAAAAAUGGGAUAGCAUCAUCUUUCUACUCCUGUGUUUCUUUGCCACAGACAACCAAGGAACCAGUAUCUGAGGUUGAGGUAAGAAAAAGUGAAAUUUGCAUCCUUCUUCCCGAGUCCCAGAAGGAAACAGAAUUGUCAGUGAAUGCAACACCACCACCUGCGCCUCCGCCGCAAAGUUCGCAGGAGUUACCAGACUGUGUGAGACCUGCCAGGAGGACGCAGCUUCCAGACAACCCUGUUAUUCUCUACACUGUGGUGGAUCACGUACUGCCAUCUCGGUGGAAAGAGUUUGUGAGGCGUCUGGGUCUGAGCGACUAUGAUCUAGAGCGAACUGAGAUGGAGCAUCGGUGUUUUCGAGACGCCCAGUAUGAAAUGCUUAGACUGUGGAAACUGCAGAUGGGCCAUGCUGCAACUGUGGAGCACAUCAGCUGUGUUCUCAACCAGAUGGAGCUGAGUGGCUGCAGUGAAGCUAUUCAAGAGGCUUUGUUGAACCAGAACUCUCCACAACCUUGCAGCCUCCACAGACAUCUUUAA